GUUGCUGUUACUGUGCCUUUAAAGAGGAGGGUACUAGGCCCAACCUCCUAACCUUCCCUUGCACUGAGUACUUGCUGAAUGUACUGCUGCUGCUGGAUUGUUGUUGCUGCAAGAUGUUGUCACGUCUGUUGCGACCAGGCCGGGCCCUGCCUGCCAUGGUUAUGGGCUUAGGCUUAGCGAUGGCUGCAGCUCGAAUAGCAGAGGACGAGGCUGAGAGAAAAAGGAAAGGCCCUGGAGCCUACAGUAGGGCCAUCGAGAGAAGCCAGGAAUUUCUGAGGCGAAUAAAGGAUGAGGUGGGAUCUCCUGGAAUGGUGGUGGGUGUUUCAGUGGAUGGAGAAGCAGUGUGGACAGAAGGGCUAGGGUUUGCAGACAUUGAAAAUAGCAUGCCGUGUGCAGCAGAGAGUGUCAUGCGUGUUGCCAGCAUCAGCAAAUCCUUUACAAUGGCAGCUUUGGCAAAGCUUUGGGAGGAGGGCAAGUUGGACCUUGAUGCACCAGUGCAGCAGUAUGUUCCAGAGUUUCCAGUAAAGGAGUUUGAAGGAGAAAAGGUGACCAUAUCUCCAAGGUUAUUGAUCUCCCACCUGAGUGGGAUUAGGCAUUAUGAGAAGGACAUCCAAAAAGUCAGAAAGAAAAUAGCCAAGAAAUCUUCACAGCCUGAAUCCACUGCCACAGAAGGGACUAAAGAAAAGUCAGGGGGAGCCUUUAAAGCUGAAUUUUCCAAACCUGAAGCAAAGUGUGGAACCAAGGAGCAAGAUAUUUCUGGGACACAAAAAGAUCAGAAGGAUGAUGUGGAGGAAUUUUACAUCAAGGAGAAGUUUGAAACUGUGAUAGAUGCACUGGAGCUCUUCAAAAAUGAUCCUUUGGUCUUUAAACCAGGGACACAGUUCCUUUAUUCCACACAUGCCUGGACCUUGCUAAGUGCUGUAGUAGAGCGGGCAUCUGGGCAAAAGUUCUUGGAGUAUAUGAAGCAGAUGUUCAAGGACAUGGGGAUGAAGGACACAGUGGCAGAAGAACACGAACCUAUUAUUUAUAACCGAGCAAGGUUUUACACAUUUAAUGAUAAGAAGCGGCUGAUAAAUGCACCAUAUGUGGACAAUUCAUGCAAAUGGGCAGGAGGAGGAUUCCUUUCAACAGUUAAUGAUCUUCUGACUUUUGGCAAUGUCCUGCUGUACAGCUAUCAAGCUUCUACCACUUCUCCUCUGCCAGGGUUCCUUAAAAAAGACACAAUGUCUAUGGUGUGGAAACAAGUCCACAAUACUGAGAUGUCCUGGGACAAGGAUGGCAAAUAUGCCAUGGGCUGGGGAACAGUAGAAGAGAACCAAGAAUGUGGUUACUGCAAGCAUCAGAAGCAUUAUGUGUCACACACAGGAGGGGCAGUAGGAGCCAGUAGUGUUAUACUCAUCCUGCCUGAAGAGGAAAAUACCUUUCAUUUGACUAAAAAGAGGACAUCACCACCAAAAGGGAUUGUGGUAGCAAUAAUAUGCAACAUGCAGGGGGUUGGGCUCAACAGCACAGCACUGAAAAUUGCACUGGAGUUUGAGAAAGACAAGUCAAUAUGUUCAUAAAAAUCAGUUUUUUUGCCAGCCCUUUUCUUAGUUAAUGUGCUUAUUAAAGGACCCUUCAUUUUUCUACCAUUUAUAUAAGUUUGUUAUCUCCCCCACUCAAACCACACCAUUUGUACUGCAUAUAUCCCCUCCAUUUGCCAGCACCAUCACAUUUUCCUAAAACAAAUAACAGCUUUCACUCAGUGGCCAUUUUCCCUCUCACGCAUAUUCAGUGACAUUUUCAUCUGCAAACAGCACGUGUGCUGUAAAGUUUAGGCAGAACUUACUUUGGCCAUACAUAGGCAGAUUUCAGUUGCCAAUUCGGGUCCUUCAGACCAAUUUGGCAAUUUAUCUGCCCGUGUAUGGUCACCACUGAUGGGCCUACCUGACAUAUCUGGCCUAAAAUUUAUCAGAUCUUGAUUGGACAGGUUUGAUUUUCCCGUUGGAUCAGAGACCACAUCGGCUUGUUGAUGCAGUCCAACUGCCCAUAUACUUGCUGUUUUAAUUAAAUCGUUUGGCCCUAGCUGUUCACUGAUUACAUUUUUUAUUGGGGAGUUACAUGCCCUUUAACGUACCUCCACUAUGCUCUAAUAGUACAGUGGCGGACAUUGAAACCAGCAAAAAUGAAGCCACUCCAUUUAUUUUAAUACAUUGCUAAUCUUUUAAAAUCCUGUACCUGGAAAUGAAGGUAAGGCCAACAUCAUAGCCAACAUUUUUUAUAUCAGAUGAAAUAGAAUUUUAUUGUGUUUAAAAAAAAAAUAUGAUGCUGUUUUCAUACUUUGCAGAACUUCACAGAUUUAAUAAUAUGAACUGGCUUAAUUUGAACUUGCUUAUCUCUAACAUCUGUCUAUAUUUUAUGGUUGCCUUACUAUUGUAUAAUUGUCUCAGCUUUCUGGUUUGCAUAAAAAAGGAAAUUAAUUGUGAA